UGUGGGGGAGGCGGAUCGUCUGUCCAAUGUUCCUCCACAGAGCUGACUCGAACCUUUCUGCUCCAGCACAGCGCUUCCCUCUCAGAUAGCCGAGCGAUGAUCAACACCAUGGAGUGCGCCGUGGACGCGCAGAGCCUCAUCUCCAUCUCUCUGAUGAAGAUCCACAACUCCAGGACGCAGAGAGGAGGCAUCAAGCUGCACAAAAACCUGCUGGUGUCCUAUGUGCUGCGGAACGCGCGGCAGGUCUACAUCAAGGAGAAAUACGCGGAGAUCUACAGGAUGCAGCAGUACGAGGAGGUGAUGACAGUCUGCAACGAGAUCCAGGAGCUCAACCCGUUGGACGUGAGCGCAGAAGACGCCGAGGAUGAGGAGCAGAGGCGGGAGGAGGAGGCGAGUCUGUGCGGAGCUGCGUGCCACCGAGGCGCGGCGCAGCCAGCAGCGCACAGCCGAGCACAGAGCGCUCUGAGCGGCUGCUGCGCGCUGGAGGAGGACACCAAGGAGCCGGAGCCGUGCUACUACCGGAGCUGCUGCAUGGAGUCCGAACAGUUCUCCUCCAACAACUCCGCGUACUGCAACCAAACCACAGUGCUGGACUUGGACACGCAUGUGGUUACCACGGUGGAGAACGGGUACCUCCACCAGGACUGCUGCUGCUACGACGCGCUCCAGAGUGCGCAGAGCACGGCCAAGAAACGGAAGCUGGACUUCGGUUGUUGUUUAUCCGACGUGGAGGAGAUUUCAGAUUUCACAGCAGCGCGUAAAAGAGCGAAACGAGAGGACUGUUCGUUCUCUCACACAGACUACACGGACACUUCACACAUCUCCAACCUCAUCUCCAUCUUCGGAUCGGGCUUUUCAGGGCUGCUCAGCAGGCAGGCGGACUUAGAGCAGAUCUGUAGCAAGCAGGUCCUGGCUAGUCUGGGAGCGUGGACCCGGGCGAUCGUGGCGUUUUGAAUCAAACACUUUAUUUUAGGGGAGACCAGGGUCAAACGUAACUCGAUUUUAAACACAUUAUCACCCAGAAAUAUCCCAUUUUCCUCUGCCAGGUUCUGUAUGAGAGCAGUCUUCUUAAACAAAGACAUGUUCCCAGAAUGUUCCCCUCAUCUUUACAUCUUUCUCUCUGGAAAAAGAUUUAAAGAUGUGAAACUUUUUGCAGCAAAUAUUCCGUGAGUGUUCACUACCAUUAUCUAAUUUUCUGAAAGUUUCUAAAACCUUAAAAUCUUUUGGAACAUUCUUGAAAGGUUUCAGAAAGCAGACAGCAGCAGAGAGUGUCUCAGAUGUGUGCCAAUGUUAAAAGAUGUGGCGUGGGAAUUUGUGUUCUAGCAGAAAUAGGAUUUUUUUCAAUAUUUUACCACAUCUAAAGUCUUUAAAUGCUGCAAAAGAUUUGACCUAACUAUCAUAUGAUGGUUUCUGGUUUGUAAAACUCUGCGUACUAAAUUAUUUGGUACUAUUUAAACUCACUUAAUUCAGCUUGGACAUUCAAAAUCGAACCUUUAUCGUAUUUUAAAAAACGGAAAUUUUCAGAUUUUAUAUUUUAGUGCAAACUGAUAUUUUUUGCAGCUUUUCAACAAAGACAUGUUCCAAUAAUUCUUCCUACAUCUAAACAGCUUUUAUCCAUUGAAACGUUGUGAUUAUUUGGAACUUUUUGCAGCGAAUGCUCUGUACUGUGACUGAAAAGUUUUCUGAAAUCUUUUCUGAAUCCUUUUUGAAAAGCCAGAACAUUCUUAAACGAUACAAAAAUGAACUUUUAUGUGCCAAUUAGGGAUGGGCAAUUAUUUACAAGUGGCCAAAUAGUCAUUCAUUUAUCAAAAAUCCAUCUUAAAUGCAAAUAUCUCAAUGUAAAAUAACUUUUUUUUUUCAUUAUAUUUGGCGGCCCUUUGUUGUACUGCGGAACUACUGCCACCUGGUGGUUGUUGUGCUUCUGAAAGCUAGCUUUGCUAACUGCUAUUAAAGAACAGAAGAAGAAGGCUGUCUGUGAGGUGCUAAGAAGCUACGUUUGCUACUCUUAGCUUAAAAAUUUAAUGUAAUAUUUGGUGCAGCUGACACAUUAGCAUUGUCAAUGGAAAAAGAAUUUUUGCAAGUUAAAACUAGCAUGAAACAAAGCUAAAUCUGUUAGCCUGUUAAUGGCAAUUUUCGUAAUGUCUUAGCAUCCAGCAAACAAAUUCUACGAAUUUUUAAAUUUCCUUUGAAUAAUUACCAGUGACUUUUAAGAGCAUCUCAUUGGGUGCACAGCCCAAAUGCUAAUUUAAAAAAGAUUUGGUUCAGGAAUUCCUGUUUUUGCAGAAAUUGCGCCUUUUUCCACAAAUUAUUUGCUCUGCUGUAACGCUGCAAAAAUUCAAGAUUUCAUGUCACUGACUCGCAGUAGUUUCUGGUUUUGCAAAAUUAGGUUUACAUACAUGUAUGCUGCUAUUUAUACUGCUUUAGUUUGGUUUAAAAAAUAGAAUAUAGCUAUUGGAAGUUCAUUUAAUUAAUCGGGUGUUAGCAUGCUAACACAAAUGUAGCUAGAACAUAAAAAAAAUCAAAAAGGCAAAAGUUUCACAUUCUGAACUUAAAAAAAAUCACGCCUCUCUUAUAAAUACAUCAAUAAUUUAUUUGAGUCGUUGCCUUGUAUUGAUGCACAAUGGGUGACAUCAUUCUUCGGUUUGAUUGGCUGACAUUUAAAGUGUUACAGCUGAUCCUGGUCUCCCCUACUAGGUCUAAAUCAACUUUAUUUUUGCAGGAAAAAAAUGAGAAAAGAUAUUUAAAUGAGCAUUUUACUGACAGCAGUCUUGCAGGGAGGGGAAAGACUUUGUGCCAUAAUAACAUUUACAGCUCUGACGAUGAAAUGGAUCGACUUCUGUUGCCUUAAAUCUGACGCACAUUACUGCGAGCUAAGUGGAAGUGACUGAAUGUGUUUCCUGUCCCGGUUUGAAACGGACAUUUUUGCACAUUUUGAGCAGUUUGUUGUCAUGAUAAAUGCAUUCAAGACUCCCUCCUAAAGGUACAUGGACUAAACCAGCUCAUAUCACUGACUGAGUGCCAACAUUGACUUUCUGGGCUUCUUUUGGUCAUAAAUUCACAUGUGACACUUAAAACAGCCUGGUUUUGUUUGAAAUCCUCGUGUCUCAAUCAUAUUGCUCAAAGCCUUCACAGUGAUUCAUAAAUCCAACACAUCUUGGUUUUGUGAGUUUUUUUUUUUAUUAUUUUAAAUCUGUUUUAUGAAAGAAUGAUGUUAGUCCUUUUGUUUUAAAAAGGCAAACUCCUGAUUUUAGCCAUAAACCCCCGAGAGUCCACGCAUUAGCUUUAUGAGCACUAUGUGUACCAAAAUAAAGAGAGUAUUCAGCCAUUCUCGACAUAUUUUGUUGUUAUUCUUGUAUUUUUGUGCUUACUAAAUUGUAUAUCACCGGGUAAAACUGUUC